AUGGCAUCGGGCCCUCUCUCGCCACAGAGUGCGGCGGCAUCGCCGUCCUUGGUGCCGAAAGCUCCUACCCCCUUUUCAUCGAAAGUCACGGCGGUACUGUCCUCGUCAUACACAGAUGCAGAAUUCAGGGAAGCGCUUACGCUGCUUGACAAGAGGAGGGUCUGGAACACAGCAGAGACCAGGCGCCACCUUCGUUUGGACCUCCAAAAGGAGGUUAUCGACAGCAAUGGCGAGAUCAUUGACGAAUUUGCCAAAGUCGCUGAGCAACUCCGGCGCAUCGGUGCGACUAUUGGUAGAUUGAAUGAGAGCUUCAAUGAGAUGAAGUCUCAGAUAGGUUCAGCCCAGAAGACGGUUUCGCCAGCAUUGGAGGAGGCAUCCCGGUUGAUGGAGCAGCGCCGCCAGGUCGAGCAGAAACAAGCUCUUCUCAAUGCGUUCAAUGCCCACUUUGUGCUCUCCGAGGACGAGGUUGCCGGCUUGACGCUGACCUCGGAGCCGGUCGACGACCUGUUUUUUGUUACUCUUUCCAAGGCCAAGAAGAUCAGCAAAGACUGCGAGAUUCUGCUUGGCUUCGAGAAUCAGACUCUGGGCUUGGAGAUCAUGGAACAGACGUCCAAGUACCUCAACCAGGGGUUUCAAAAGCUCUUCAAAUGGGUACAAAAGGAGUUUAAGACCCUCAACCUGGAAAACCCGCAGAUCGGAUCGCCUAUUCGCCACGCGCUUCGCGUGUUGGCUGAGCGGCCUAGUCUAUUCCAGAGUUGCCUAGAAUUCUUCGCGGAAGCAAGGGAGCAUGUGUUAUCCAACGCUUUCUACACGGCACUGACGGGAAGAUUGCCCUCCGGGACAGAAGAACGGUCUGUCAAGCCUAUUGAACUUGUAGCACAUGAUACGUUGAGGUACGUGGGCGACAUGCUCGCCUGGACACACUCCGCGGCAGUUGGCGAGCGAGAAGCGUUGGAAGGCCUGUUUAUCGGUGAAGGGGACGAGAUUGCCAAGGGUUUCCAGGCUGGUAGGCACAACGAGAUUUGGAGGCUGAUCGCCGAAGAUGGUCAAGACUCGGAUGGAUUUGACGCCGUCAAGACUCUGAACGAGUUGGUUGACCGCGACAUGUCGGGGGCCGCAAGGCUGCUUCGUCAGCGUGUCGAGCAAGUCAUCCAGACCAACGAGGAGACAAUCUUGGCCUACAAACUUGCCAACUUACUCAACUUUUACAAGAGUACCUUCUCGCGGCUUCUAAGCUCGGGGUCUGCUCUUGUCGAGACACUCGGUGCGUUAGAGUCAGAGGCGUUACGCCAGUUCCGCUCACUCGCCCGAGACCACGUUGCAACGAUUCAAGGGGACUUCCAGCACACGCCCCCCGACCUGCGACCGCCUGGAUUCUUUUCGGAUGCCUUGGAGCAGCUGACAGCUAUCAUGAAGACGUACGAAACGUCGUUCACAUCCUCGAGCGACAGGGAAGAUGAAUUUGAACCGGUCAUGGCGGAAGCCUUUGAUCCGUUUAUUUCGGGGGCCGCCAACAUGGCCAAGUCGCUCCGUGCCCCAUCCGACUCGAUAUUCCUCAUCAACUGCUCCCUGGCCGCCCAGAGGAGCCUCUCCCCAUUCGAUUUCACACAGCGCCGUGUGGCCAACCUACAGAUGCAGGUCGACGAGCAGAGGGUACGCUUAGCUGAGGUGCAGUACCAGUUCUUUCGCGCCUCUUCUGGCUUGGAUGGUUUGAUCGCACAGCUUGGGCCCAUCGGCGAGGGCGAGGAAGAAAUCAAGAAAGUCGCGAUGUUGGAUGCAGUCAAACCCGAGGCACUCUCCCAAGCCAGCCAGACACUCGACGACUUCCUUCCGUCAGCUCAGAUGGACGCGGUUGAAAGGCUGAAGAAUCUCCAGGAUUCGAGGCUAGUACAGGACGUCAUUCAGGAGGCGGCCGAGAGGUUUUGCGUCGAUUUUGAACACGUGGAGGAGACGCUUAUUCUUGCGGAUGAAAUGGCAGAACAAGAGCACGGCGACUCCUCCACGUUAUCGAGGUCGGGAGAGCGAUAUAUCUGGUUACUGCAACUUGAGAGCUUCGGGGGCUGUUUGAGGGAGGUGGGGAGAACUGCGAGUGCCGCGUCCGUCCUACAGAAGACAUACGAUGAGAGCUACCUGACGUGCUCCACUGCCGUCUACUACGAGAGUAAGGGGAACGAAAAUGAGGCCAUGCGGUGCUGGAGACAGGCCCUUGAGCAGAUCUACGACCACAAUGCGAAUCGAGUCCUCCCGAACUUUACACCGCGCACAGAGACGGAAAAGGCACUAGUUGAUAGCAUCCGACAGCUUGAAUUUCAAUGCAAAGAACGGAUCGACCUGCUGGAAGCCCUUCGUUUGUCACGCCAAGAGACCGUAGAGGAUGGGCAGCCUCCCCAAGAUCAGGGUUGGAUAGGGGAUGGGACGAUCCCGGCUGUCACAUACACCGAGCUCGCGCGGCCCGGCCUGCUCCGACGAAGAUCUGCCCAUUCCGGUUCUCCUUUUUCAAAAACCCCAUCUGAAGAGAGGAAACGGAUAAGCGGCGAGAUCCCAACCCUUUCGCCGUCAAGAAAGGCUCCUGGAUCCACUCCGAGCCAGCGUUCACCGGAAAGGAAAGUGUCGCGACCGUCUAGCCCAGAAAGACAUACAAUGCGGACGACACUACGUUCCAGCCGGCUUGGAGAGAAGCUUACCAAGACGUCCUUGCGGCGGCAGAGCCAAAAGCCGGUGGACGGACCUGGGGCAACCAAGGCCGCGACAUUGGCGUGGGGCUUGCUGGGCUCACAACGGGAGAUGGGGGAACAAGGCCCCGCAGAUGGUCAAGAGCCAUCUCGCCCACCCUUAAACACACGAACUUCGUCCGAGAAACCGAGGCAUAGCUCGGAAUCUCUGUACAAGACAUGGGACGGUAAUUCGAGGAGGCUGACCACCCCACGAACCCGGAGCCCAGUAAAACCCACGGAUAGGAGGGCGAGCGCUGAGUUGCCAGACUUGCGACAAGCUGACAGCUUUUCUCCCUCCUCUCGUCCCUCUCCUAUCUCUAUAAGCGCAGCCUCUAGCGCCCUAAACUCACUUGCCCUGAGGGAUAGCGUAGGGAAAGACUCUCCGACGCAAGAAAGAGUUCCUCGACAGAGGGCCGCCCCUCCCUCGACACCAAAAGCAAGGAGAUUAAGGGGUCUUUCGGAUGCCGACUCGAUCUCGUCAGAUGCGUCAAAAGGAUUGUCCUUAAGUAGGAGAAUAUCGUCAGACGUUCCAGCCGAUUCCCCACUAUCGGCGUCUAAACCGAAUUCCGGACACAAUGUCAAAACUGCUCGUGCCCCAUCCGGGCAUAGUCUCAACACAAGGCGAAUAGCGAGCAGGAAUACAGGGAGCCGACCAGGACUAGCUACCUCUCCGUCUACUUCUGAUCUGUCUUCCUCCUUCGAAACCCCGGUCAAGAGUUCACGGAGUAAGGCUGGCACCGGGCGCCAAAGAGAAACGCCCCUCGUUGCGGACUCGUUUGCCAUGCUUUCAGAUACCUCUGAGGAAGACAAACAAGCCAAGGAAGCAAAAACAUGGAAGAAACGAAAAGCCGAAGUGCUCAAAAAACUCCCCCCAGGCGUCGACCAACAUGCUGCGAAGCAAAUCCUCAACGAGAUUAUCGUCCAGGGCGAUGAAGUUCACUGGAACGACGUUGCCGGCCUCGAGAUUGCCAAGAACGCCCUCCGCGAGACCGUCGUGUACCCCUUCCUCCGCCCCGACCUCUUCAUGGGCCUACGUGAACCUGCCCGGGGCAUGCUUCUCUUUGGCCCACCAGGGACAGGAAAGACGAUGCUUGCGCGCGCGGUAGCUACCGAAUCGAAGUCGACUUUCUUUUCCAUCUCAGCUAGCAGUCUCACCAGUAAAUAUCUGGGCGAGUCCGAGAAGCUAGUCCGUGCGCUAUUCGCACUGGCGAAGACGUUCGCGCCGAGCAUCAUAUUCGUCGAUGAGAUCGACUCGCUACUGUCGCAACGGUCCGGCACAGGCGAGCACGAGGCAACACGCCGUAUCAAGACCGAAUUUCUAAUCCAAUGGAGCGACCUACAGCGAGCCGCGGCUGGACGCGAAGCUGGAGACAAAGACCGGGAACGUGGUGACGCAAAUAGGGUACUUGUUCUGGCUGCGACAAAUCUACCUUGGGCGAUUGACGAAGCUGCUCGGAGACGAUUUGUGAGGCGCCAGUACAUCCCGCUACCUGAGGCGGAAACCAGAGCGGUGCAGCUGAGAACGCUGCUCAAACAGCAGAAACAUAAUCUGAGUGAUUCUGACAUAGAUUCCCUUGUCAACAUGACUGAUGGUUUCUCUGGUUCCGAUAUUACGGCUCUGGCGAAAGACGCAGCCAUGGGCCCGCUGCGGUCGUUGGGUGAGGCACUACUGCAUAUGGCGAUGGAUGAGAUACGGCCAAUUGAACUAUCAGAUUUUGUGGCAAGCCUAUCGACUAUCAGGCCUAGUGUUAGCAAAACUGGGCUCAAGGAGUAUGAGGAUUGGGCUAGGGAGUUUGGGGAAAGGGGUGGAUAG